UUUUAUCACCAAUAAGACCCUAUAAGACCCUUUCUACACGACUAGUAAAAUUGAAACAGUGUCGCGGAUAUAGUUCUUUGAGAUAAAACCUCGAAAAGUGAUUUCGAAACUAUUUCAAGGUUUAUCUUAAAAAACUGUGGGGACAGGAAAGGAUGGGUCCGUUUAUCAAAUGAGUACAUUCUGUUGUCGGAUAUUACACACCAAUAUAUGUGGCAAACGAGAAAGAGGAAAUGAUUCAACGGGAAGGAUAAUGAAGGCGACGAGAGAGGUGAAACAGAAGGGAACAAAGGAAAAGAUGUAAGGAAAAAAAAGAAAACAACGGUUAAGAUUAUUGUUUGGUCCAUCUUUUGUUAUAUAUAAGAUACAACCAUCAUUGGCAAGUGAAAAAAAUCAGAGGUACCCUGGUGGUUAAAUUUGAAAGGGUGAGAAUUUCCCAGUUUCCGCAGGCGCAAUAUCGAUAUUGAGCUUGCGACAUGUAAACACAUUUUAAACUUUAAAAAAUGUAUUUUCACAAAACUACAGUAGAAUUCAGUAUACUCGGACUAUCAAUGUGGGACAGAAAAUUCGUUUUAAAUUUAACUUUGUGACAUUCAUUUUUGUUUAUGAAUAAAGUUGCGAAAUUAACUGUUGCAAAAUUUAUUGUUGAUUUAGCGAAAUUUAUUGUUGACUUAGCGACAUUUAUUGUUGACUUAGCGACAUUUAUUGUUGACUUAGCGACAUUUAUUGUUGAUUUAGUGAAAUUUAUUGUUGAUUUAGUGAAACUUAUUGUUGACUUAGCGAAAUUUAUUGUUGACUUAGCGAAAUUUAUUGUUGACUUAGCGAAAUUUAUUGUUGACUUAGCGAAAUUUAUUGUUGAUUUAGCGAAAUUUAUUGUUGACUUAGCGAAAUUUAUUGUUGAUUUAGUGAAAUUUAUUGUUGACUUAGCGAAAUUUAUUGUUGACUUAGCGACAUUUAUUGUUGAAGUGCGUCAUUUAUUGAUGAUUGCGAUAUUUUUUUGUGUAACAUCAUAUCUCAAUUUAAAACGCUACCCGACCUCGGCCUUGUUUUCAUACGAGACAGAACAUAGCAUUUAGUAAACCCGAAGUUAUUAAAAAAUUUUUUGUUUGAGCGUCAAAUUGUUAAUUUUUUUUUUUCGUUUUAUAUAAAAAUUAAUAUAUUUCAUUUACAAGGCUUUGCGGAAGCCUUAUUAUACGCUCUAAGAACGCUCUGAACACAUUGCAUAACAAGAAUGUUAUGAAAUCGUUCUGAUUUUUUGCUUUGUGGAAAACGUUGAAGUAACAAACAUGAACGAUUAAAAAUGCCGCGGUAUAUAUGUCCCAAUCAACUUUUAAUACUACACGUUCGAAUAAUUAUGCUUUCUUUAAAGCUACAUCAUAUGUACGUAUAUUUUUCACCUCUCUAAAAUUCAACCUCGUUCCCAGGGUC